UCGCGGCGAUCUUUUGCCUCGCCUUCGACGCCCGUUCGUACUCGCAGUCACGGAUGAUAAUUUGGAAUUUUCUACAUGAAUAGUGAUUAUUACUGAAGCCCUACAUUAAAAGUGUGCGUGUUAUGUUAAUAAAGCUGCAAAUUGGAUAAGUAAUAGUUAUUCGGUGUGAUUGUGCAAGUGAUUUCAAUUUUGAGAGAGUUGAGCGUGGCGAGGCACGGCGUUGUGCGGCAGUAGGUCGCAAUGACGACCGACAUCUCGGUGUCCCGCUGGGACCCGUCAAUCGGCCAUGGCCAGGAGAUCAUCGACGAGUUCGAGUACGACGGCGGCAACUCAUCAUCGAGGCUCUACGAACGAUCGCGCAUAAAGGCGCUAGCAGACGAACGAGAGAACGUGCAAAAGAAGACUUUCCAGAAAUGGGUGAACUCUCAUUUAGUCCGUGUGGGGUGCCGUAUCGGCGACCUCUACGUCGACAUGAGAGACGGCAAGAUGCUCAUCCGACUUCUCGAGGUGCUCUCAGGAGAGAGGCUGCCUCGGCCGACUAAAGGCAAGAUGCGCAUCCAUUGCCUUGAGAAUGUAGACAAGGCACUGCAGUUCCUGCGCGAACAGCGCGUGCACCUCGAGAACAUGGGUUCACACGACAUCGUCGACGGCAACCCACGACUCAAUCUCGGACUCAUAUGGACUAUUAUACUACGGUUCCAGAUCCAAGACAUAACAAUCGAAGAGACGGACAACAAAGAAACGAAGUCGGCAAAGGAUGCGCUAUUACUAUGGUGCCAAAUGAAGACUGCUGGCUACAAUAACGUGAAUGUACGCAACUUCACGACCUCCUGGCGUGACGGGUUGGCCUUCAACGCCAUCAUACACAAACACAGACCCGACCUCGUGCAGUUUGAGAAACUCCACAGGAACAAUCCUAUGCAUAAUCUCAAUAAUGCAUUCAACGUGGCCGAAGAGAAGCUUGGAUUAACCAAGCUGUUGGAUGCUGAAGAUAUCGCGGUGGACCACCCCGAUGAGAAGUCUAUAAUAACGUACGUUGUUACGUACUAUCAUUACUUCAGCAAGCUGAAGCAGGAGACGGUUCAGGGCAAGCGUAUCGGCAAAGUGGUCGGUAUCGCCAUGGAGAACGAUAAGAUGAUAAUGGAGUACGAGUCCCUCACCAGUGACCUGCUGCAGUGGAUCGAGCGCACGAUAGAGGCGUUGGGUGACAGGACCUUCGCCAACUCGCUGGAGGGUGUGCGGCAGCAGCUCAUACAGUUCGCCAACUACCGCACUGUGGAGAAACCACCCAAGUUCGUGGAGAAGGGUAACCUGGAGGUGUUGCUGUUCACGCUGCAGUCGCGCAUGCGCGCCGCCAACCAGCGGCCGUACACACCGCGUGAGGGUCGCAUGAUACAUGACAUCAACCGCGCCUGGGAACGCCUGGAGAAGGCGGAGCACGAGCGUGAGCUGGCCCUCCGUGAGGAGCUCAUACGACAGGAGAAACUGGAGCAGCUCGCCGCCAGAUUCAAUCGUAAAGCUCAGAUGCGUGAGACCUGGCUGUCGGAGAACCAGCGCCUGGUGAGCCAGGACAACUUUGGGUUUGACCUGGCGGCGGUAGAGGCGGCCGCCAAGAAGCAUGAGGCCAUCGAGACCGACAUCUUCGCGUACGAGGAGCGUGUGCAGGCUGUGGUCGCUGUCUGCUCAGAGCUGCAGGCGGAGAGAUACCAUGAUAUAGAGCGUGUGUGUGCACGACGCGACAACGUGUUACGUCUGUGGGCGUACCUGCUGGAGCUGCUGCGAGCGCGACGUGCCCGCCUCGAGCUCUCCCUGCAGCUGCAGCAGAACUUCCAGGAGAUGCUGUACAUCCUGGACUCGAUGGAGGAGAUCAAGAUGCGUCUGCUGACGGACGACUACGGCAAGCAUCUGAUGGGCGUAGAAGACCUGCUGCAGAAGCACGCCCUUGUAGAGGCAGACAUCAACGUGCUCGGGGAACGUGUUAAGGUGGUUGUAGGACAGUCGCAGCGAUUCCUGGAGCAGGAGGAAGGUGGCUACCGGCCAUGUGACCCCGCCAUUACAGUGGAGAGAAUACAGCAACUUGAGAACGCAUACGCAGAGCUCGUACAUCUCGCCGUCGAGCGCAGGAAGCGGCUGGAGGACAGCCGCAAGCUGUGGCAGUUCUACUGGGACAUGGCAGACGAGGAGAACUGGAUCAAGGAGAAGGACCAGAUCGUAUCCGUCGACGAUAUCGGUCACGAUCUUACGACCGUGUACCUGCUAAUCUCGAAACACAAGGCGCUGCAGGCGGACGUGAGCGCGCACGAGGCGCAGCUGAUGAGUGUGGCCGCAGUGGGUGAUGAGCUCGUAUCUCAGGGACACUUCGGCGCUGACAGGAUACAGGAGCGUCUGCGUGACAUCCUGUCUCAAUGGAACCAUCUCUUGGAUGUGGUGGCGCUGCGCAAGAACCGUCUGGACGCUGCCGUGCGCUACCACCAGCUCUUCGCAGACGCUGAUGACAUAGACACCUGGAUGUUGGACACGCUCAGACUGGUGUCGUCUGAGGAUACAGGCGUGGACGAGGCGCAGGUGCAGAGCCUGCUCAAGAAGCACAAGGACGUUACCGACGAGCUCAAGAACUACGCCAACGUUAUACAGCAGCUCAAGCAGCAGGCAAGUGAGCUGAGCCCAGAAGACGCGAGCAGCGCGGAGGUGAGCGCGCGUUUGGCAGCGAUAGACGCGCGUCACGGGGAGCUGGCGGCGCUGGCGCGGCUGAGGAAACAGCGGCUGCUGGACGCGCUGUCACUGUUCAAGUUGCUGGCGGAGGCGGACGCGGCCGACCAGUGGAUCGCGGAGAAGGACCGUAUGCUGGACACCGUUCUGCCGCCUAAGGAUAUCGAUGAUGUUGAAAUUAUGAAGCACAGAUAUGACGGUUUCGACAAGGAGAUGAACGCGAACGCGUCCCGCGUGGCCGUGGUGAACCAGCUGGCGCGGCAGCUGAUCCAUGUGGAGCACCCGCAGGCGCCGCGCAUACAGGAGCGACAGGCUGCACUCAACCACGCCUGGAGCACCCUGCGGGAGAAGGCGGAGGCUAAGAAGGAUGAGUUGAAGGCGGCACAGGGCGUGCAGACAUUCCACAUUGAGUGCCGUGAGACCGUCUCCUGGAUCGAGGACAAGAAGCGCAUUCUGCAGCAGACCGACAACCUCGAGAUGGACCUUAACGGUGUGAUGACCCUGCAGCGGCGAUUGUCAGGCAUGGAGCGCGACCUGGCGGCGAUACAGGCGCGUAUCGCCUCUCUGGAGGCGGAGGCCAGCGCCAUUGAGGGCACACACCCUGAGGAAGCGCAGCUUAUACGAGAUCGCAUCGCACACAUCAACGACAACUGGGAGCAACUAACGCACAUGCUGAAGGAGCGCGACUCGAAGCUGGAGGAGGCGGGAGACCUGCACCGCUUCCUGCGCUCCGUCGACCACUUCCAGGCCUGGCUCACCAAGACACAGACAGAUGUCGCAUCGAAAGAUAUACCGUCAUCUUUGUCGGAGGCUGAGAAGCUGUUGUCUCAGCACCAGACCAUCAAGGAGGAGAUCGACAACUACAAAGACGAGUACGCCAAGAUGAUGGAGUACGGAGAGAAGAUCACCGCCGAGCCGUCGACGCAAGAUGAUCCUCAGUACAUGUUCCUGCGUGAGCGGCUGAAGGCGCUGCGUGAGGGUUGGGCAGAGCUCCAGCAGAUGUGGGAGAACCGUCAGCAGCUGCUGGCCCAGAGCCUCGAGCUGCAGCUGCUGCAGCGCGACGCUCGUCAGGCGGAGGUACUGCUCGCGCACCAGGAGCACAGGCUAGCGAAGACUGAACCGCCGACCAACUUGGAACAAGCCGAGAACAUGAUUAAAGAACAUGAAGCAUUCCUCACCACGAUGGAAGCCAAUGACGACAAGAUCAACUCUGUCGUCCAGUUCGCAAACCGGCUCGUCGAGGAGAGACAUUUCGAUGCGGACAAGAUCCAGCGCAAGGCCGAGAACAUCGAUGCCAGGCGCAGUGCCAAUAGGGAGAAGGCCCUGCAGCAGAUGGAGAAGUUGCAAGACCAGCUGCAGCUGCACCAGUUCCUCCAGGACUGCGACGAGCUCGGGGAAUGGGUGCAGGAGAAGAAUCUCACGGCGCAGGACGACACUUACCGCUCGGCAAAGACUAUCCAUUCCAAGUGGACGCGGCAUCAGGCCUUCGAGGCGGAGAUCGCGGCCAACAAGGAGCGUCUGUUCGCGGUGCAGAAUGCCGCCGAGGAACUCAUGAAACAGAAGCCCGAGUUCGUUGAAGUUAUUUCUCCGAAGAUGCACGAGCUGCAAGACCAGUUCGAGAACCUCCAAACUUCGACUAAGGAGAAAGGAGAGCGGCUGUUCGACGCCAACCGCGAGGUGCUCCUGCACCAGACCUGCGACGACAUUGACUCCUGGAUGAACGAGCUCGAAAAGCAGAUCGAGAACACCGAUACCGGCACUGAUCUGACGUCUGUCAAUAUUCUCAUGCAGAAGCAACAGAUGAUCGAGACUCAGAUGGCCGUCAAGGCGAAGCAGGUCACCGAGCUAGAGACCCAGGCUGAGUACUUGCAGAAGACCGUCCCCGACAAGAUGGAGGAGAUCAAGGAGAAGAAGAAAACCGUUGAACAGAGAUUCGAGCAGCUCAAAGCUCCGCUACUGGAGCGUCAAAGACAACUGGCCAAGAAGAAGGAAGCAUUCCAGUUCCGUCGCGACGUCGAGGAUGAGAAGUUAUGGAUCCACGAAAAGAUGCCUCUGGCUAUGAACUCGGACUUCGGCCACUCGCUGUUCAACGUACAGAUGCUACAGAAGAAGAACCAGUCUCUCAAGACGGAGACGGACAACCACGAGCCCAGGAUACUGACCGUCAUCUCCAAUGGACAGAAGCUGAUCGACGAGGAGCACGAGGCCUCGCCCGAGUUCAAGCAGCUCAUCGAUGAGUUGACUGCGCGGUGGCAAGAACUUAAAGAUGCCAUCGAGAACCGUAAGAACAACUUGUCACAAUGGGAGAAGGCUCAGCAGUAUCUGUUCGAUGCGAAUGAGGCGGAAGCGUGGAUGAGCGAGCAGGAGUUAUACAUGAUGGUUGAGGACCGCGGCAAGGACGAGAUCUCGGCGCAGAACCUGAUGAAGAAGCACGAGAUCCUAGAGCAGGCGGUCGACGACUACGCGCAAACUAUCCGUCAGCUCGGUGAGACCGUGCGCCAGCUCACCAGCGAGGAACACCCGCUCAGCGAGCAGAUCUCGGUGAAGCAGUCUCAGGUGGACAAGCUGUACGCGGGGCUGAAGGACCUGGCGGGAGAGAGACGCGCCAAGCUGGACGAGGCGCUGCGUCUGUUCCAGCUGUCGCGCGAAGUGGACGACCUCGAGCAGUGGAUCACAGAGCGCGAGCUCGUCGCCAGCUCGCAGGAGCUCGGACAGGACUACGACCACGUUACCUUACUUUGGGAACGGUUCAAGGAGUUUGCGCGCGAGACGCAGGCGGUGGGCUCGGAACGUGUGGCGACUGCGGAGCGCAUCGCCGACCAGAUGAUAGCCAUGGGCCACUCGGACAACGCCACCAUCGCCCAGUGGAAGGAGGGCCUCAAGGAGACCUGGCAGGACCUGCUCGAACUCAUCGAGACCAGAACACAGAUGUUGGCGGCGUCGCGGGAACUCCACAAGUACUUCCACGACUGCAAGGACACUCUGCAGCGCGUAAGCGAGAAGGCACGCGGCGUCAGCGACGAGCUGGGCCGCGACGCCAUCAGCGUGGGCGCGCUGCAGCGCAAGCACCACAACUUCAUGCAGGAUCUCAGCACGCUGCAGCAACAGGUGGAGGCGAUCAGCAGCGAAUGUUCUCGACUGGGCGCGUCGUACGCAGGCGACAAGGCGCUGGAGAUAACGCGGCGGGAGGCGGAGGUGCGCGAGGCGUGGGCGGCGCUGCAGGCCGCGUGCGCCGCACGUCGCGCCAAGCUCGAGGACGCAGACGAUCUCUACCGCUUCCUCAGCCAGGUGCGGACACUCGCGCUCUGGAUGGACGACGUCGUGCGACAGAUGAACACAGGAGAGAAACCCAGAGACGUUAGCGGAGUAGAACUCCUGAUGAAUAAUCACCAGUCGCUGAAGGCGGAGAUCGAGACUCGCGAGGACAACUUCGCGGCAUGUAUAUCUCUGGGGCGCGAGCUGCUGGGCCGACAGCACUACGCCUCUGCAGACAUCAAGGACAAGCUGCAACAGCUCAACAACCAGCGCAACGCCCUGCUGCGUCGCUGGGAGGAGCGCUGGGAGAACUUACAGCUCAUUCUGGAGGUGUACCAGUUCGCUCGCGACGCGGCGGUGGCGGAGGCGUGGCUGAUCGCGCAGGAACCGUACCUCAUGUCUCAGGAGCUCGGACACACCAUCGACGAGGUUGAGAGCCUCAUCAAGAAGCACGAGGCCUUCGAGAAGUCCGCCGCCGCGCAGGAGGACCGCUUCUCCGCCCUGCAGCGACUCACCACCUUCGAAGUGAAGGAGAUGAAGAGGCGGCAGGAGGCGGCGGAGGCUGCGGAGCGCGAGCGAGUGGAGCGCGAGGCGGCGGCCGCGGCGGAGGCUGCACGCGCCGAGCUGGAGGCGCAGCAGCGCGCCAGCGAGACUGUGGACGCGCCGCAGCCGCACGUCGUAAGGAGAACGUCCACUAAAGCGGCUGAGAAGGCCCAAGAGCGACCGCAUUCCCAGCCAGACGCCAGUAGCCCCGCCCCCGAACCCGAGGCCCCGCCCUCGCCUACGUCCACGCCUUCGCCUCCGCCCGCCCAGGACCUUCCCCGCCCCUCCACGUCGAAACCGACGCCCGCUAAACCUGCACGACUCUCCACGGGCGGGUCGAGCUCCACCCCAGCUACGCCGUCGACAUCUGGUAAGACGAAGACGCGGUCGCGCAGCAAGUCUCCGUUCCGCAGCUUCCGGUGGCGCACCGCUAAGAAGCUGCUUGCCGGAGCACAUCACAGCGACGACGAAGAGGGUGCGAGCCCCGCCGGCGAAGAUGAAGGCUUCGAGGGCACCCUGAUGCGAAAACACGAGUGGGAGUCGGGCACCAAGCGCGCUUCUAACAGGUCGUGGGACAAGGUGUACGCGGUGGCGAAGGACGGGCGCAUGUCGUUCUACAAGGACCAGAAGUCGUUCCGCGCGACGCCCGAGCAGACAUGGCGCGGGGAGCCGCCGCUCGACCUCACCGGCGCCGUCGUCGAGGUCGCCGCCAACUACACCAAGAAGAAGCACGUCUUCCGGCUCAGACUGGGCAGCGGCGCGGAGUUCCUGCUGCAGGCGCACGACGAGGCGGAGAUGUCGGCGUGGCUGGGCGCGCUGUCGGCCCGCCUGGCCGCGCCCACGCCGCGCUCGCACACGCUGCCCGCGCCCUCCGCCGAGCCCAAGCGCCGCUCCUUCUUCACGCUCAAGAAGAAGUCAGUGCAAACGCUCACAUUCUUCUACUCACCCUAGACCAUUGCAUGCGCA